AUGAUAUUACUUUUCCAGCAGCUUUUGAGGUUGCUUCAUCUUUUAAACCCUUCAAAAUUGGAUACAGAUGAAAGGAAUGGUGCGCUCGGAUGUGCGUAUCAGGUUGCCAAGAUAAAUUUCUGGCAAUAUGAUCCAUCUGUGAUUGGGUUUUAUGCUACCGCGUGUUCAUAUGCACCUGCUUUGCAAACGUGGACUGUAUGCAUUCACGACUCGGUCAGGGAAAAUGGAACCUUUGAAGAAAGUUUGGUCUUUGUUAAGGAUAUUUGUUCCCAUAUAAAUCCUACAAGAUUCAAAAAAUUUGAAAUGAACGACUAUUACGAAACUUUGAAUAACGGCACAAAGCAUAUGAAGGAUGACUUGGGAUCACCAAUGUUAAAUGUUACCUACCCAAUACGCUUUAAUAACACUUUUCGCUCAAAUACUUUACUUGCGUAUCACAUCCAUUCAAGAAAUUUGGAUAUUGCUAAUCAACAUGCCAAAUGCAUUUACUUAUAUUUCCUGUUUGUUUUGUUUCUGGCAACAAUAGCCAAUUCUAUCGAACAUUUUGCUUUGAGCAAAAUUGUUUUUAAAUUAAGACUGUUAAGAUGGUGGAGGGGACACUUCAUAUUGCCGACACUCACCAGAAAUCAUGCCGCGUACGUCGAGAAGUUUAAAAUAUUUAUUGGACUACUACCUACGAGGUCAGAAGCCAUCAUCAUAACAGGGUACGUUAUUCAGCACAUUUGGUUCUUGAGCUAUGGAUAUACAUAUGACCCGAACAAUAUACUUUUCGCAUCGACUCGUUUACAAAAAAUAAGACUACUGGCUGACCGCGCCGGCAUCCUCUCUUUUGGUAACAUACCUUUAAUAAUUCUUCUGAGCACGCGAAGUAACAUUUGUGAAAAACUGACCAACGUAAAGUACUCCAGUCUGAUAAUGUUUCAUAAAUGGAUAGGCCGUGUAAUGGGAAUCGAUGUUUUUAUUCAUGGUGGUUGCUACCUCGGUUAUGCAAUAAUGACAGGAUCAUUUUCCUUCUCGGUACGACAAAAAUACUAUCAGUUUGGAAUCAUCGCUUGUUUCCUUGCCUUUUUCAUUAUGCUUUUUUCAUUCGGGAUAUUCCGGAAACACUACUAUGAGCUCUUUCUCUAUGGCCACAUCAUACUCGCGUUGUUCUUUUUCUACUCCUGUUGGAAACAUGUAGAACAUUUAGGGUGGAAAGAAUGGAUCAUUGCUGCUACUGUCAUUUGGACUUCCGAACGAAUGUUGCGACUAUUGAAACUUUGCAACACUGGGUUCCCCAAGGCCCAGCUCAAAAUCAUAAACAAGGAAUUGAUCAAAGUCACUAUAAGAAAACAACACCAAAUUUCAAUACACUUCAAACCUGGGCAACACUGCUUUCUUUAUUUUAUGCAUCCAAAGAUAUUUUGGCAAUCUCAUCCUUUCACUGUACUAGAUAAUGAAGAUUGUAUAACUGUUGUUAUACGGCCAAAGUCUGGGGCUACCGGGGUUAUAUUUAGAAAACUACUUGAAUCGAAGGAUAAUGUGGCCGAAAUGCGUGUUGGACUAGAAGGUCCUUACGGAAGUUUUGAGCCUAUCCAUCAUUCUGACAGUAUAUUACUACUCGGGGGUGGCAGUGGAUUACCGGGUCCAUUGUCACAUGCCUUGAAUCUCGCAAACAAACAUGAUUUUAAUAAAACGGUGGAAUUGCUCAUUAUUGUGAACACUCUAAGCUUGUUAAAGGCAUAUAAAAAUGAAAUACUAAAGCUGAAGAAUUCACAUACGAACAUCACAAUCUAUGUAACGAAACCGCUAGUGGAAGGCAAAGCCGCUAGAAUACCUGGGACACAUACUCCAUUACUACAUGAUGCUGACAUACUACAUGACAUAAAGCAAUUCUGUACGGUCCAAAAAGGUAGGCCAAAUAUUGCUGCUAGUAUUGAAAAAGCUGCACAAUCUUCUCGUUCACUAUCGAUAGUGAGUUGUGGACCACCUCAAUUUGUUGAUCUGGCGAGAAAACUUGUUGCGAAAAAUGUCCUGAGUACAUCCAGCUGUUCAAUAGAAUAUUUUGAGGAGUUUCAAUGCUGGUAA